AUGUAUCGCUUAGGCAGGUUGGAUAUCCAGGGCAUAGAUUGCUCGCAGCCAUCCCAGCUCUACUCUCCUGGAACGAUUUUAUGCAAUCCGUCUGCCCCUGCCGCGGCCGCGUCCCGAGCUGAGCUGAAAGAGACAUGGCUGGCGGACUCGACCUCGAGCUUGAUGGCCUGCAGAGCAUUUUUUGACGUUUCGGAGAUGGAGUACGCUAAGGCGGCGUGCCUGCGUGCCGUGCGUCUGGGUGGAACGUCGGCGGAUGAAGCUGCCGAGGUUGACAUGCGCCUGGCCGCGAUAGCAGAACGCUACGGCCACCCGUCAGCCGCAGUCCACAUGUACUUCCACAUGAUGGCGAACCCCGCCACAAACGACCACGGGCGGCUGGUCAUGUCGAUCCUCGGGUUGACGAUGGUCCCACCCACGCUCAUUGGAUCACGGCGAACGAUCGCCGAGUUUCGCUCAGGCUGGGUGCGCGACUUGCAAACCCUGCGGAGGAACCUCGCCACCGGAGCAACCCCGGGUGAGCUCUGGGACCCUGCAGGCGAGGUGGGAAGGACGCCGUUCAAUCUGGCGCACCAAGGCGGUCCGGAUCUUGACAUGAUGACCUCCCUCGCUGGGGUGUACGACGCCGCGGCUCCAUCUCUCCGGUAUGUCGCUCCACAUUGCCGCAGAGACAUGGGCGACGAUAAAGCUGCGACGACAAAUCAAGGGCACUCGGAGAGGCCGGUUCGCAUAGGUGGUGGUGGUGACGGAGACGGGGGCGACAGCCAGGCAGGAGACAAGGAAGGGGGGCGGGGGGGAGAUGAUCCGGUCGUCAACGGACUGCGGUCGGCGGUUCAUCACUGGCAUCAGGCGCCUCGAGACCUGCACUCGGCGAGAAGGGCGGUGUCGCAGGAGAAACUAGACGUGCUGGUGUAUCCAGACCUCGGCAUGGAACCGCUCACGUACUUCUUGGCAUUCGCAAGACUAGCCCCGGUGCAGUGCGUCUGGUGGGGGCACCCGGUAACACCUAGCACCGGCUCGGUCGACUAUUUCUUGUCUUUGGAUGUGGAACUGGAAGGGGGCCAAGAUGAUUACCUCGAACAGAUGGUCCGCAUGGACGUGGUCAACACGGCGCACUUUAAGCAGAUGGCCGCAUGGGUUUCAGAUUUGGGGCUACCGAGUGAGCCACCCGGCCGAAGGGACAACAACAGAGACAAGGGACCCCAGUCGCCGUUGUCCUUCACGAAUGGCGGCGUUGAAAGCCUGAGCACAUCCCUUCCCAGUACGAUUAAGUCGUCAUCCAAUGCCGACAUGGCGGAUGUUCUUCAGAUCUCCGUUCCCUACGCAGAUCUGGCAGCAGCGGAGGCGGGGCCGACUACACCCGCCACUGCCGCCACCACCGGCGUAGCAGCAAGGACGCAUAACGAGCAUGACGUCACCAUCGGCGAACAAGACGCUGGGCCAUCAUGCCGUCAUAAGUACCUGGUAAUGGGGCGCCUAUUCAAGCUGCACCCGGAUUUCGACGCCGCCAUCGAGGGCAUUCUUGAAGGGGACAAGGAUGGAUGUGUCAUCUUGAUCCACGAGACAAAAGACGAGGAAUGGACUAGAGUAGUUUGGAGUAGGCUACGGGACGUGCUCGCCCCGCGAGGUAGGACCCCUUCGACAUGUAUGUGUGACGGUUUGUUCGGCCGUCUACGAAUCAUGCACCACUGGCUCUACCCGCAGGCUCUUCGCCGCGCCACCGCCGUUCUCGACACCUUCCCCUACGGUGGUUGUUUGACUGUCCUGGAGGGGCUGUCGAACGGAGUGCCAGUCGUGACGCUCCCGGCGAAGUAUGUGAGGGGAAGAUUCGCCUUAGCCAUGUAUCAACAAAUGGGGUACACAGAGCUUGUGGCGGAUGAUGUCCAGGAAUACGUCUCGCUGGCGGUUCAACUCGGCAAAGACCGAGAUUUCAGGCAAAAAGUGGUGACCAAAGUGGAAGGGGCAUAUCGAGAGUCCUUGCAUCAGCACCACCAAAGUGCCCAAGAAUGGGCAGCGUUUAUCGUCCGUGCUCAUCGGGGCGCGGAGUCCAACCGAUGA